GUGGUAAAACAGAGUAAAUGGACAGAUUCUCCCGAAGGAAAGGAGCGAACCGGUGAGUUGAGGGGGAGUCCGGCGACUGUGAUGGUGUUGGUGGAGCGGUGGCGCACUGAGCUUUGAACCCAGCCCCCCCCUUCCCCCCCCAACACCCCCCGCGAUCGGUGCUCGGACACAAGGAAGCCCCGGCGAAGUGCAGCGCGCGCGAUGGAGCGCUUAAUCCGGGAUGUGAUCAUCAGCAGCAUCAUCAUCAGCAUCAUCGGGUCAGUGUUCACCUCCGCACAGCUCCAGGAAAAUUCCACAACAGCCCCAGUAAAAUAUCCCUUGGCGGCGGCUGUUCGCUCUCACUUCGACGACUGUCCGCGUUCCCACGAGCAGUUCUGUUUCCACGGAACGUGCCGUUUCCUGGUGCAGGAGGAGACUCCGGCCUGUGUGUGUCACGCGGGAUUUGUGGGGAUGCGAUGCGAACAUGCCGACUUGCUGGCUGUGGUGGCCACCAAUCAGAAGCAGCAGCCAGUGGCCACCCUGCUGGUGCUCUGUGUGGUCGGCAGUGUGAUGCUCAUCCUCUUCUGCACCAUCUUGCACUGUUGCCGACGGCGGGGUCGCUGUGUGCUGGACUCGUUUCUGUCCUGUUGUGCUGACAAACCCAGCACUUUCCUGAAGGGCGGUGCCUCCUGCUGUCAUUCUGAAACAGUGGUUUAAGAGGAGGCCUUCAGCUUUUAUCCCCCCCGACAAUGCAACUGUCCCAGUCUCGUCCAGCAGCCCCUUCUCGCAUCCCCCUGAAGCAGCACUACUGGUUUUGCAGAAAUUUCUAUGGAUGUAGCGACUCUUGAGAAGCCCCGGCCAUAAAAGACUGAGCUGAAUAUAGAUUAGAGUCAGCUUCUCAUGUUGGUAGAAAGGAAAAAGUUGACAAAAGAGAGGAAGUGGAUGUUUAUCAAAGUUUUCAAAUUCCCAAGGAUUUUUUUUUUUUUUUUAAAUUUACAGUCACAGUCAACAUGAAUAGUUCUUCCGAUUAUCGUGGCGCUUGAACCUCAGGCCGGUGGAGCUUUUUCCUUGAAAAGAAGAGUUGUGGUGGCAGUCUUGGAGAGUGCAGAAGAAUGAAGAGGCGCCCAGCCUGCAUUGAGAAUCGCUCAAGUGGCCUGCCGUCUUUUUUUUUUUUUUUUUGACGCGAUCGAAACAAAGGGAAAGUCAAGCAGUUCGGCUGGACCGCGUCUGAAAAGACGACUGUUUUGGAGUUUGUAGCGUUUCAAAGAAUUGCUUCAUAUAACAGAGACCACCUCUGGUCUGCAGCACUAUGGCUCGGUCUGCAGGGAGGAGAACUUCUUUAAAAUGCAAGCGGCAAAAGCCCCUUAAAUCCCGCUGUCGCCCCAUCGCAGAAAUGUCUUCCUCGAUAGGAGGAGGUUUCUGUGUUUUACACACCCGUCUCACCAGUGACUGGUUAAAGUAUCGAAAUUGCACAGAUUGAUUAAUUUUGUGGCACGAAGGACAGGAAGAGGACUUGCACCUAACUGUUAGUUCACACCUCGUUGUCACGCAGGUUGCGAGGGGCUGAAAAACGCCUCUCUGACGGCUACUGAUGCAAAUAAUUGCAAGGAUGCGAGAAACUUUAGAAACUCCCCGUUCGGCUUCAGUAAAGUGCACUUUUACGUGUGUAUCGUUCCAAAAUAUCGCCAGCUCUGUAGGACUGAACACUUUGGAAACCUGACUCUCGGGACCCAAAUAGCUGAUAGAGAAGGUGCCCAGUGCUUAUUGCUCUGUCGUCUGAAGUACAGUACUUGCCAAUGAAUUUACCAUGAUUGGGAAAGUUGAGGCUGACGGAAGGGUACCGGACCGCUGACCUUGGUCCUCUUCACACGACGUGAUCUUUCACGCACUUUUCUUGCCCACGCGCUCCAGCAGGACAGAUUCAUUGCGGUUCGAGAAGAUCUCCGUAUUCGUCCUGGACGUUGGGCGGAAGACGUGUUUGGUGCCACCGGGGCCGAUGUGUUUAGAUCAGCUAACUGACUAAUCCGAAGCCAUGAGCUGAUUUAAUUUAGCUUGCUAAAAGUUUAGAAACACUUGACCGUUUUGACCAACACUUGACUGUUGUUUGCACUCCAGGGUCAUGAUUACUGGACAAACGGUUUAAAAAAAAGUCACAUUUACUCUUGCGAUGAACACCUGCACAAACUGACUUUUUUUUAAUAACGUCGUCUCAUCUAAAUCCAUCUUUGCAAUGUUCCUUUCGUCACGUUUACGGCUGCGGGAGUAUCACGACCACUUUGACCGUGGAAUCGACCACAGAGUGUUCGUCACCAGUGUCACACUGCUGUGUUUCUGUGCACUAGUGCCACGCCGCCACCCUUUCUCAUGUACGUAGUUUUAAUGUAUUAUUUAUAGCAGCAGCAUUAUUUUAAUUGGUACGUUGCAAUGUGGUUUAUGGGUGGGACGCAGACGGGGGGAUUCGAACAUGAGCGCCGCCGUUAAGAGGCUCUUUGUGUCCAAAUAAGCGGUCGAGCUGUUGAGCGCAGGGCAGAGCCCCACAGAGCUCAUGUUGGUUCUUGCUUUAUUGGCGCUUUAAUUCAAAGGCGAAAAACGGCUUCGGGUUCUUUUGAGAUUGAUCUCGUGAACCGGCUUUCCUGCAGGUUUUUUUUUUCUUAAAUUGAAAACAAAAUACCUUGGUAAAAUUACACCUGCUACAGUCAUGUAGAGAACUUUACUGGAGCUGAGCUCACCAGAUGGGGGUCGCUUUGUCUCCAAUGGCUCAUUUGCAGCAGAUAGAAUUUGUGCAAUUUUAAUGCAUCAAGCAUGAAAAUGUGUUAAAUCUUCUUAAAGAAUCCUUUGAGUAGCGAUGCGUUUACACCUGUGUGAUGCAGUACUUUACUCGUGGAAACAAUCGUCUCAAAGCGCCGCUCAACUUUUCUCUUAAACUGUUGAAAUUUGCUGUAAAAUUGGUGCUAAUAACCAGAGUGCCAUCAAACGGGGUUUUCUCGAUCCCUGUGAACGGUGCACUUCAUCACUCUCACUUCCAGCAAUAAACAUGUUACACCGAUUAGAGCAGCAGUUUUAAGCGCUUUGGUAGGAGAAGAAUUGAUCGUUACGCGAACGAAACUGUGGCUCUUCCAGUUGUCUCAACAGUAAAACAUGGUGAAGUACUGUGGGCUUCCCGCUCGAAGGCCGUUUCGUCGUGUGUAACGUGCAGGUUGGACACACGGCACGGUGCGUGUCCUUUGACGCAGGGCAUCAUGAGAAGUACAAGCGCUGUAAACGAUGGUAAUUUUUGAGGUGAAGACGGUGGGAAAAGUAGAGGGAUCAUAAAUGUGCGACACACCUUCGAAGUGUCCGGUUACUUUCUGUCCUGUAGACUAGAGUAAAUUCUGCCUUAUUUACCAGCUGUGUGGAGCCUCUGCUCAGCAUUCCUUUAGCCUCCAAAGUGAAGAACCUGCCGGAAAGUUCUGGGAUCGAAAGCGGUCUCGUGUUCGAAAGCAUCGGCGCUGCUUCUUGGGUUUUUGGUCUCAUCUCCCCCAGCGCCUGCUUUAGGGUCGCUCUGCCCCCACCCCCCUGCUUUUCUGUGCU